AUGGCAAACAUUCAAAGUGCCGUCUACAUUGGAGUCUGGGCCAACUGGAGCAUAGGACCAGUGCUAGGCAAGACUCUCACUAUCCCUCAAUCCCAAGGAUAUCUUUUAGUCGCGUUCCUUGGUUUAUUUGUGAAAUUUGCUGGCGAUCAACUCUGGCAGAUUCUGCGAUUCGUUCUCCAUCAACAGCGGUCAAGCGGUGAGCCUCAAGAUGGCCUUUAUUAUCAAAUACAAGCUAUUCUGAGGAACUCGCCAAUGGGGAUAGGAAUAUCAUGGAAGUUUGCGCAACUGAUACGCGCUUGGUCUCCCAAAUCUCACCAAACGUUGCGGAGGACCUUGCCGUAUGUGGCUUAUGGUCUCUUCCAUGUCGCUGCAAUUGGCGCGGCCGGUUUAUUCUCAUCUCGAGUUGUCUCCAUGAACGAUGCAGCUCUGGUGCGAUCACCAUUUUGUGGGUGGAUGGCUGAACCUGUUGGGGACUAUAAUUUGCUUCUGAACCAGUUCGACAGAACCCAGUUCGAAACUUAUGUGUCGCUCCUCUCCUCCUAUCAUCGCAGCAUCAAAUCUAGCGCCGAAUAUGCCCGUAUCUGCUACGAUAAUACAUCGACUGCAAACGCAAUGUGCCAACAAUAUUCUAGCUCGCGCUUAGAACCAAAAAUCAAUUUCACGGCCACGUGUCCAUUCACUGAGGAACUCUGUCUUGAUGACGCUGUCCAUAUCGAUACAGGAUAUAUUGAUUCACACGAGGAUUUGGGGAUCAAUGGCCAACCAGGUGAUCGAAUUCAGUUCAGAAAAGAGAUGACUUGCGCCCCCAUUGAUAUGGAGGGAAGACUCUCAACAAACUGGACAGCAAUUCCAGGUUUGCUGCCUAACGAUACAAUACGAGAAUAUUACCUUGGCUCGAACCGACAUCUAUCCAAUGGGUCCUUGUUACCAUCCAAUGUUACGAUAGCUCUUAGUAACUACUCCCUGAUAUUCCAGAGCAACGCAUAUGAUUUAUGGUCAGAUGUGGACUUUGCAGGAAAUGACAGUACCGGCGAUUUCUUAUCAACUUUCUGGAUAAUCCCGGAGCUCCGCCGACCUCACACAGAUUACACCGCCCUUGAACUCGUGAGCGAGGUAGAGUACUUGCAGAAGACUGAAGACCUGUGGUACUCGGCAACAACGCAAGAAAACCUCUUGUGGCAAACUGACCAUCCCGUGUCGGUUCUCGUAUGCGCGGAGCAGUACAGCUAUUGUAACAUAUCUCAUUGCACAGAUAAUUCGGGUUUUUACGAGAUCAUGCCGACCGCUGAACGUUCGGGGCUGGUAGCUAUGAACAACGCCCAAUGGGCCACCUUCGAACUGGUCUGGAAAGCUGCCCAACUGAGUAACGUAUACUGUAUAACAGCCUUUCUUGGAAACGAAAUCCUGUUAGCACAGGAUCUGCUUAUGGGUGGCAACUUUUUCGACUCCCCAGGUCUGCCCUCUGAUCAAUGGAAACAAGAAAUAAAGAACAUGCAUGCCACGACAAUGGCCAUCCUUCAACAACGAGUAGUGGAAUAUGCCUCACCACCUAACUGGGUUCUUGGUCCAGGGCAGAGAACGACCGACUUCUUAAUAAAACCUAACACCACCCUGUCGCAAAACCUCUGCCGGAAUAUUAAGAUCCGUGCAUCUAACGUCGCUGCAUUCAGCGUAAUCGGCAUAAUUAGUAUUCUCGCCGCUGGAGCAGUGUUAACGCUUGUCAAUUUCUUCUUAACGGAUAUCGUCUGUUGGUUCUAUAAGCGCAAAGCGGGAGAUGUUCUUGGAAUUUGUGAGAGGGAAUGGAGGGAUGCUGAGUUGCUUCAGAUGCAAAGGCGGAUGUUUGAGGGACAGGGCAUUGUUACUUGGGAAGGACAUAAUGACGACGUACCAGUGACGCGAGAAAGUGGGCAAAGGUUUUGA